AUGCCUUCACAUCAGAAGUUCUCGCGUUCGGAACUUAUUCGUCUUCAUUCCAAGACCUUACAAGUUAGCCGUAAUGUUGUUUCGCUGCUCAAAGCAUUUAAUAUCUUCAAGCACCAGAAAGGAAAGAGAGGUGGUAGACGAAAGAAAGCUGAACAAGAACUCUCUAGAAUCCCAGUUCGUAUUACAUGGCGAUCAGCAAACAAAAUCAAUCACACGGAACGAAGGCCUAGGGCUCUUACAAGCAUUUCGCGGAACGUUAACUCAAAUGUAAGAGGCAUGUACGAUUUUCCAAACAUUCUGUGCUCAAAUUCAAGAUCUAUUAUGAGUAAAAUUGACGAACUUGACGAAAUCAUGAAAGU